GCUGCAUCGCAGGGACUCCGGGCUGCAUCGUGCGAGCCCCGCAGGCCUUUACUGGGGGGUUUCCGGGCAAGGAGACGGCUUCGGGCUCUAGAAGAGGCUCCUUCAACUCUCGCCCCAGUAGAUGUCCACCCUUCUUCAGGGCGAGUCCCAGGCACCUAUCACCGGUCCAGGCCCAGACUCCGCACAGGCCCCGGGCAGUAGCUGUGACAGUGGUCCAGGCAGAGAAUGUUUUGGAAAAGCAGACCGGAAGCUCUACAGCGUGGGCGACCCCAUUGCUGGCUUCUCACCUGGGAGCUCCUACCUGUCGUCCCGAGGCAGCAUCGUGAAGUGGUUCUGGGACUCCACAGAGGAGGGCUACAGAGCCUACCACAUGGAUGAGUACGACGAGGACAAGAACCCCGGUGGCAUCAUUAACCUGGGCACCAGUGAGAACAAACUCUGCUUUGACCUGCUGUCCAGGCGGCUGAGGCAGAGUGACAUGCUGCGAGUGGAGCCCUUUCUGCUGCAGUACCCGGACUGGAGGGGCCACCAGUUCCUGCGGGAGGAAGUGGCCAGGUUUCUGACUUUCUACUGUAAGAGCCCAGCACCCCUCAAACCAGAGAACGUGGUGGUGCUGAAUGGCUGUUCCUCCCUCUUCUCUGCCCUGGCCAUGGUGCUGUGUGAGGUGGGGGAGGCCUUUCUGAUCCCCGCUCCUUGCUAUGGAUCCAUCACAGAGCAUGUCUAUCUCUACAGCAACGUCCGCCUGGUCUACGUCUAUCUGGACAGUGAGGUCACAGGGACAGACACACGCCCCUUCCAGCUCACAGUGGACAAGCUGGAGAUAGCCCUGCAAGGAGCUCAUUCUCAGGGUGUGAAAGUCAAAGGCCUCAUCCUGCUCAGCCCGCAGAACCCUCUGGGGGACGUCUACUCCCCAGUAGAGCUGCAGGAGUACCUGGAAUUUGCCAGAAGACAUGCACUGCACGUGAUUGUGGAUGAGAUCUACAUGCUGUCCGUGUUUGACAAGUCAACCACCUACCACAGCGUCCUGAGUCUGGACAGACUGCCUGACCCCCAGAGGACCCACGUCAUGUGGGCGACCAGCAAGGACUUCGGGAUGUCCGGGCUCCGCUUUGGCACGCUGUACACAGAAAACAAGGAUGUGGCCAGUGCCGUGGCUUCCCUCUGUCGCUACCACGGCCUCAGUGGCUUUCUCCAGCACCAGAUGGCCCAGCUGCUCCGGGACCGAGAGUGGAUCAAUGGAGUGUACCUGCCAGAAAACCACGCCCGGCUCAAGGCGGCUCAUGCCUACGUCUCCGAGGAGCUCAGGGCCUUGGGGGUCCCCUUUCUGCAGUGUGGGGCAGGCUUCUGCAUCUGGGCUGACCUCAGGAAGUACCUGCCCAAGGGCACGUUUGAGGAAGAAAUGCUGCUCUGGCGCCGCUUUUUGGGCAACAAAGUGCUGCUGUCCUUUGGCAAGGCCUUCAAAUGCAAAGAACCCGGCUGGUUCCGCUUCAUCUUCUCAGACAAGGCCCAUCGGCUUUGCCUGGGUAUGCAGAGAGUCCGGCAGGUGCUGGAGGGCAAGUCCCAGGUGGCAGCCAACCCGCUCUUCUCCCGGCCCCUGGAGCCCAGCAGCCAGCUCCAGGGGGAUGACCAUUGACCUGGGGACAGAGGGCCAGCCAGCCAUGAAGGGCCAGGGCGUUCACUCUGAGGCUUCAGGAGUGGAUGAGCCUCUUGCCCAGAGGACACCUGGCGAGAGCUGACCCCUGAACAAGAGCUGUCCCUUGCCCCUCUCUGGGGCUGUGCUAGAUUCCUUGAGCUCCGUUCCAACCGGGCCACCUCCCUCCACACACACCCCCUCCCCCCC